UAUAUAAAUAUAUGUAUAUAUAUUAUUUGAAUGAUUAUUGUUCCGUUCAUUCAUGAAUGACUCUAAGUAACAUCAACAGAACAGACUCUCAGGUUUCAUACAACAAUAUGGAGCAUACACAGGACGAUGAGGCGCAUUAAAUGUUAGCGGAAUGAAUCCUGGAUGAAAACAGGUAUAAAUAACCGUGCAAUCAAAAAUAAGAAAUACAAAAAGGAAUUUUUGAGAAAAUAUCAUUGUAUCUUAUUUUCUACCAAAAUAAUUUUUAAAAUGAAUACAUCCGACCAAGAUAUAUUCGAAGAAAACCCAAAACCUGUAAGGAUUACUGAGCAUUCCCAUUCCUCAACAAAUAGGGUUCCAAAACCGCCUCGACCUCUUCCUAGAAAUGAUAGUUGUUCGCCAAGAGUUCCGACCGAAAGGUUUGGUCGUGUAAACCAGAUAUGCAAGCAAUUAGAAUCGAGACCUCUUGCUGAUACUGUCGAACUUCGAAAUGGGAAAGUAACUCAUCGAGCAUAUGGGUCAAAUUUUGGAGUCAACAAAAUCAAAUGUAAAAAUAACGGCUCUCCACGAUCACCGCAGAGAAAAACUGUAUCGACUGCAUUGAAGCAUAACAGUGAAGGGCAGAAAGAAGCUCAAAAAUUUAUUAAGGAUACUGUAUUACAUAAUUACAUAAAGGAAAAUGAAGAUGAGGUAGGGGACGAUGAUAAGAAGAACGGAGAAGAAGAGAAUGAGGAAGAACCGGAGCAGGAGCAAGAGCAGGAAAAUAAGGACGACGAGGUUGCGGAAGAGGAAUGCAAAACAAUUGCCUCGGAGUAUAGAAAGUUGAAUAAAAUGUCUCCCGUUCAGCAAAAUCUAAAGUUAUCAAGUCUUUCAGGAACAUUGUCAAAGGGAUUCGAAUGUAAAUAUCAGAGGUGUGUAAAUCACAAUUCAUCUCACGGUAGAUCACAAGAGGCAAAAGAAGAAAAUCUUCACCAUAUCCCUGAUCGAAUUGAAUGUAUUGAAUCAGUUUCAACUGGUGCCACACCCCCGAACCAAAGGAAGUUUACGUCUUUGAAAAAACGCGCGAAAAACUUAAAUAUUGAUGAGAAAAAAAGCUUGCGCAAAAAUUCAACAGAUGACGUUUUAAGUUCCCCUCAAAUAACAUUAGAAAAAUAUAAUACAGAGGACGAUGAUCCAUGGGACAUAGCUGUGACUUUUAAUCCGAGUGUCUAUGAUACAGACCCGAAAGGUAUUGAUUCAAAUGAACUUUCUCUAUAUAAACAUUCGAAAUCUAAUAAAGACCACGAAAAUAAGUCACGCGAAGUGUUUGGGAAAUCUUCAUUUAGAGUAUGGAAGCAGUCAGCCAUGGAUUAUUUGAAGUCACACACGAGUAGCCUUCACAGAAAUAAGACAUACCAUAUUGAUAUAUCACCUGAAACUCCGAAAAAGCAGAAAAACUGUUCUCCCAAAACACAUCUUAAUAUACAUUCUGGAUGUGAAAAUGUCUCCCUCUCCGAUAAUCAGUCAUCACAAGAUGAGGACGAUUCACCGUUAAAUCAAUGUAAUAAAUCUCCCCUUGAGGAAUACAAUGAUGCAAAUUGCAGCCGCAUAUACAAAUGCCAUAAUUUAAAGAAUUCCUUAAAUUGCGAAGAAAAGUCCCAAAAAUGGAGUAGGAUAAGACGUGCCUUCAGUGAAUUAUAUCCCUACCGAUGUAUAGAAGUACGCCAGGUCGACGAAAACAUUUUGUCAGAGUAUGUGGAGAAGAAGGAGUCUUCCAGUAGACAAUAUUCCUGUAGAAGCAUUGAUGCAACUUGUUCCAUAAAAAACACGUCCCUUACUGAUUCGCUCAACUUAGCUACGGUUUCAUUUCGAGAUAAUUUACAUUCAAAAGCUCUACCACUAGAAUAUCAAAACUAUCAACAAACCAAUUCAACAUUAUCAACUUCCAAUGAAGAGACAGAUUACGAUGAAGUUAUGAUUCCACAUCGCAUUGAUUUUAAGAAAUAUUUCAUUAACCCUGAUAGACAGAUUCCUCGAAGAUCGUCAUUUACAGAUGUCGAAAACGUGUUGAAAGCCGAAACUUCGACUUUAAAUUUACCGAAAAGGGAAAGGCAAUGCAUCUCUUUACCGAGAGGUCAGAUAGAGGGAACUAGCCUUCUGGAAUCGCCAAGUUCAAAUGUAAACACAAUCAGCAAUUCAUCACCCUCAAGCUCGAAUGACAGUCCAGAAAGCUCCAGUUUGGCAUCAAGUCAAGAAAUGUGUGUAACAACUGCAAGCAGUGUGACAUCUGAUGCUAGUGUUAGCACAAGUCCUAUUACAGUGGAAAAUAGAUUACUUGAAACUGAUCGACGAGAUCCGAAUUUGAGUAACCAAAGAUCUGAAAUGACAAAGCAAGAAAGACUAAUCAAAGGUAACACACCAGAGAAGAAUAAAGUCGAAGAGGUUAGUAAAACAGACAAUGUGAAAAGUGAUAGCAGUCCUCAUACUAACAGCUGGAAUGAAAGAAAAUUAAGAUAUACUAGAAUCCAAGAAAAAGGAGAACCCACAAUUGGACAUAAGGAAAAUAUGAAUACAUACGAGAAAUAUCCUAUAUCUGCAACAUCGAUUGCAUCCAGUCUUCCAAAUAGCAAUGAAGACAUCAUAAAACCAUUUCUUCCAAUCCCGUUAUAUCGCAGAUCAAACCAAGAUCCAAGAAGCUCACCAAAAUCAAUGCUGAAAGCAACCGAUAGUCCUUUGAUACAAGCAAAGUACAAUAAUAAAGUGCUUCAGCAAUGUACGUAUGAAGAGGAAGAAUUUUAUUCGGCUAACAUGCAUGAGAAAUUUUCCAGUUCAGAUACAAUUCCAGUCGAGGAAAAUGAAUUUAAUAUAAAUAGCAAUCAAAGCCAAGUCAACUCUCCAUGCAUUAGGAAAAAAGAACAAGUGGUAAAACUUAGGCCGAAACCUCAAACUAGAACUUCCGUAGACAAGCUAGCAAAAAAUGCAAUUAUUCAAAGUAAUGAAAACUCUCUAAAAGUUAAUAGGCCUGCCACACACUCUGAAAACAGCUUUGUUUCAGAUCUAUCAAGUAAAGCAGGGAACUUUACGCCGCCAACUCCAGUGAAGCAAACAAUUUUGAAAGGUAAAUUAGAAAACAGUCCGAGGUUAUUUUCUGAAGAUUUUCCGAAAACGAGAUCACCUCAUCAUUCACCUUAUGAUAAGCAACAUUUAACUGUAAGCCCGAAUAGGCAUUUUAGUUCUGAUUCAACUAGUUCAAUACCAUUCCGAAAUAUAAAAGACUCCAGAACAUCUAGAGCAAUUGUAACAAAACCUAUACAAGAGCCAACAAUAUUAUGUAACAAACAACUAGUAAAAAGAUUGCCUUAUCCAGAAGCUGCUCCACUUAAAAAUACUAGGAUGUCGACAAGUGUACCAAUUAGUCCUGUUCAAACACCAAAACGAGUAAGUCAAACCAGUGGACUUCAAUCAGAAGGAAGUAAGUCACCAAUAAAUAAACCAGAAGUACCUGGUAAGCCAAGCAAUGUAAUAAGCACAAAGGGAAGCCGAAUACCCAUCAGUAAGUCAACACGCUCUGUUGCCUCACCACCAAAACCUAAUCGGCUUGUUAUGAACAGAUUAACUAAUCCCUAUGGUGGCCUUAGGCUUUCCUCUGAUAACACUUCAGCUCCUAGAAAGAAUCUGCCACCAUCAAAUAUCGAGAAUGACAUGCACCACCUAUAUCCAGAAAAUUUAAGUUUUGUAACUGAACCUCCUUUUCAAUCGCCCCCGAUUUCGGAAGUUACUCAUAAGGAGAGUAUCAUGUUUAAAAAGAAACAAAGCGGCAAUGAAUACUUUGAAUCAAGUGCCAGUGACCAAUCCCCAGCAAUGACGGCAAAUGAAACUACGACGCUGAAUAGGAGGAUACACAUGGAUGAAGAGGAAACAUACAGUAACUGCAGUAUAAAACAAACAAAUUUGGAUAAAACUGAAUCUUCAAAAAUGUCAAGUCGGGAAGAAUUCCCAAAUCUCGUAAACAUGACAGUUUCAUACGAUCUUCCAGCUGUGAAGUACAAGUCGGGUCUCCUACGAGGGGAUCGCCAACAACUAACUUCGCGGUAGAAAUACCAAUAGAUGCAUCAACGGAGACAUCACAUA